AUGGCGGGAAUCGAUACGCAGAAGCAGCUUCUCUCUCUGAUCCGCGAUUUCACCUCUGAAAGAUCUCGUGGAGAGCAAAGAGUUGUUGGAUUGAAGAAGAGAAUAGAGAUUUUACAAUCGGAAGUUGAAGCAGCGAAUUCAGAAGUUGAGAAAGCGAAGCGUAUCAAAGAAGUAGCGGAAGAGGAGCUUAAUGGUUACGAAGUUGAAUUGUCUUUGAAUGAUGCUACGAUUCAAUCUCUCGAGGCAAGGAUUAGUCUUCUUCAGGAUGAAGUUACUACUAUUGGCAGUGAAGUUGAUGCUCUUAAGAACAAGGAAGGAUUACUCAGAGAUCAGUUUAUAAGCCAAAUGGAAGAACUGAACAAGGAGAUAAGGGAGUUCCAGAAAACAGUAGAUUCGAGUUUGAGCAGUGAUGAUGGUAUUGGCAUUACAGCAAAUGUCAAAGCUUCUGAAGACGGUUCUGGAGCUGAUUUAGAAGCUAUAAAGGGAAUGCUAUCUGAAGUAAAUUCUCAAUUGGCAAAAGAGGAAGAAGGAUACCUGGCAGAGCAGAAGAUACAAGAACAGCUGCAGAAGGAGCUUGACGACUAUGAGAAGAAAAUGUCACUCAUGGAGGCCAUUACAGACAAAACGAAUUCAGUGCAAGUUCUCACUAGAUAUCCUUUAAUUCUGUUAGCUGACAUUGGCUUCACUUGGGGAGGAGCUGCAAAGGAGAUGCCGAUGCCAACAUUGCGAGGCGGAAAAUUUGGAAGUCCUGAGCUUACUUCUUCAGGGAGAUCAAGAUAUGGAGGUGUCUUAGUUAAAAGCCGAUCUCACUUGUGGUUACUGGGGAAAAGAUUAAUAUACUCGGGUCUCAAGAUGAGAGUUCUCUGGAUACCUGCCAAUGAGAAAUAAGUCCCUGUUGGACCUUUUUCCAACAAGGAAGAAUGGGUACCAGAUUCGACAAUUUUUCCUUUGCCUAAAACAACGAUCAUGUCACAGUUCUGGAUUGUGCUAAGCCUAUGUGCGAUCAUAAUGCUCGUCCUUCCAACCAUUACACGCUCGAGCGCGUCCUGCACCACACGCUCUGAUUUACUGUCUAGAGCGCUAGUAGCUUCAUCAAGAAGCAAUACUGAUGGAUUCUUCAAAACUGCUCGAGCAAUUGCGAUCCUUUGUUUUUGACCACCAGACAAUUGUACUCCUUUGUCUCCACAGUUUGUGUCAUAGCCGUUAGAUAGUGAUGUGAUGAAAUCAUGAGCGUUCGCUGCCUUUGCUGCCUCGAUAAUCUCCGACUCGUCGAUCUUGUCAGAUGUUCCUCCGUACAUAAUGUUCUCUCGGAUAGUUCCAGCGAAUAGCAUUGGCUCUUGGCUAACCAAUGAUAUGUAUUUACGAAGCGAUCUUAGAUGAUACGACCUUAUAUCGCGGCCAUCAAUUUUUACAGUACCUUUUAAUGGAUCAUAGAACCGCUCAAUCAAACCAAUUAUUGUGGAUUUACCUGACCCGCUUGUACCUACUAUCGCUGUUGACUUCCCCUCGUCGAUCUCAAUGGAAAAGUUCUCGAAUAUAACCACAUCAGGUCGUGUUGGGUAAGCAAAGUCCACAUUCAGAAAUGUAAUUUGUCCUUUUAUCUUUUCUGCGACGUAUCCAUCUGGGUUCUUUGGCUCAAUCGUUGUGCAGCGAUCUAACACUGCAAACACUGACCCAACUGCAUCCAAACCCCUGGCUAGAUCUGUUGUCAUGGUUCCAGCAUCA